AAAAAAUGUGACCUCCAUUUUUCAAGACGGUCAGUGGAGGUGUCGUCAGCCGUCGAGGACUGGUGACGUACUAAGUGGUCGACGGUUGUUGAAUCUUGUGUUUAUAUUUCGGUCUCGCUAACCAAGAGACAUUUUCUCGCUGCAGAAGCUUCAAAAUAAACGUAAAUAAAAAUAAAAGUCUAUUAUGUCCACGACGUAAGCUCUGUGGCGUUGUGUUUUCACGUUGACUCGUGUGUGGAGGCAUCAGGACGAUGGAUUUCUGCGGGAAACAGGUGAAAGCAGACUGCGAGCAGCUCCUGAAACGCUUCCAGCGAACACAGUCCGUCCGCUUCGAGAUUUUCGCCAGAAUAUGGAGAGAGAUGAAGUUCUCACAGAUUUUCUAUGGCACUGUGAAUCACGAGAAGCGAAAAUUCAGUCGUCUGAUACUGGACGUGGCCUCUGUUUUCUUCCUGCCACCCUUCAGCUUCCAGAUCCGAGUAGGAGGACUUUACCUCCUGUACAGCUUGUAUCAGUGCCAGAAUGCGUCACCCUCUGAGCAGAUCCGUCUGGCACUGAAGGACUGGGCGGACGUGAAGACGUUUGAGAAAGACGCUACAGAGGCUCAGCACUUCGACGUGGUCUACAUCCUCCAGCAGCUCAUGUUCUGUAAAGCUUUCCACUUCACCGCCACACCCUCUCUGCUCACCUACAAUAAGAAGAGGAAGGUGGAAAGGUCGCCAAUGCAUGAGGAGUUCAUGGAGCGAGUGUCCCGUCCACAGGAGCUGGUUAACAUCGAGCUGCUGGAAGAAAUGGACAACAUUCACCAGCACUAUGAAAAUCUGAAGGCAUCCACCCUCUCUCUGACAUCAGCACAGCAAGAUCCGUCCGUCAGCCUGAUCCGUAAAAACCUCGUUCCUCAGCUUCGCAACACUGUGGUUGACUUCUACAAUUGGCAGAAAAGGAAGGACAGUGUGGAUGAAGAAGAGGACAGCAGUGAGGGAACAUCAUCCCAGCAGGAGUGCUCCAAAAGGGCAGGGCUCCUUGCUUCCAUCAAAUCGAAGGCGUACGGACAAGCAGCAGAGGCCUCCAAGUCAAGGCGUCACCGCCAGGUGGAAGUGGAUUUCACCAGUAACGAGGCCAGGUCCGCCCUCACGUUAGGUCGCUCCAGAAUAACCAAGCCGUCGCUCAAAGCCAGAACCAGUGAGAAUCUCCAUAUUUCAGGUGACUUGUGGACGGAAGCAAUGACGACCACUAAGAUCAGUCGGCUUGCACAGCUCGAGUCUGCUCGUGAUGAUAAACCGAAACAGUACAAAAAGUUCAAGUGGUCCUGAAGAAACUGCACAACACUGGAGCUGCUGUUCAGAGCAUUCACUGAAGUCUGAUAUGUGCUUUGCUAUUGUAAUAAAUCAUGUUGGCAUCUUUACCUUUUUUAUUCAUGUUUUUAAAUUAUUUUUUAAUCAGUUCAUUGGUGGUUAAAUUACAGUUACAGUAAAUUAAUAGAAACAUUGUUCAUAGCAAAGCUUAUCGCUAUGUAGCUUUCUCUCUGAAGGAUACACCAUCUGCUGAAGCAUUUUCAUUCAUGUGUUUAUAUAUUUCAAUAUUUGAUAAAAUGUGAUAGUUUUAUAUAAAAACUUUUUUUUUUUUACAGUUACAGUUGUCUGUCUCUUUCUUGUGUAACAUUCCAUGUGUUUGAAAAUGUGGACAUCUGGUUUUCAGUAGCCUGUCUUGCUAUUUUGUUUCUUGUAAUUCAUUAUCUUCUUUUUGCUUGAUUUGUUUUUUCCUCGCAGUGCUUAUAAUUUUUGGGCAAAUGCCAAGAUGUUAGUCCUUGAAUUCUUUAAAACUGAUAAAAACAGCUGGAGGGAGGUUUGUAAAUUCAAUUUUAGCCUAAGCUAGUUGUUGCUAUGUUAAUAACUGGUUUACG